AUGUCGUCAAAAGUGAUUAUUGGCGGAGCCGUCACGGUGGCCGCUGGGUAUGCUCUUUACGAGUACCAGCUACAACAGAAACGGCAGCAAUCAACAUUGCAACCGGCCUCGAUAAACAGAGGUCGUGAUGCACACCUUUUUGAAAACAAGGGUGAGCACGCGGGCGCCAAACUCGACAGCGCCGCAGAUGAUGCGCGUAAGCACGUGAACGAAUGGGCACGUGGUGCAGACGAGAAAGUGACGUCUACUAUGGCCGAGGUGGAGAGGGCCAAGGCUAAAGGUACACAAUGGGUGUCAGACCAACUCGGUGACGCCAAAGAUGCGGUCAAAGAUCGCAGCGAUCUGUAUUUAGAGCGUUCAGGCGAGCUGAACGACAUUGUCGAAACCACAAACGAUCGCGAACGCGCAAACCAAAAUCGCCUCAAGAGGAUUGUGAACGACGCUCGCGACCAGAUCUCGUCGGACAUUAGAAACAUAAAGGAUGGCGUCUCAGAAGACGCCUCCAGCAUCAAGGACGCGCUUGUAGGCGCCAAGAGACAAGGUCACGAGACCGCCAAAUCGUGGGAAAAUUCGGCUCGCGACACUGCCGCAGACGCCAAGGAAGCCACCAAGGAAACCUCGGAGUCAAUUUUCAACUGGGGUUUCAGCAAGGCCGAGAAGGCACGUGCUUUGGCGAUCCAAGAAUAUGAUCAAGCAAACAAGCAGUACAAUGAAUUGAGUGAGAAAUACAAGUCUGAGUCUGGUCUCUUCUCGGGCGGAAGUGACGCUUUGAAAAAGCAAGUCGAUGAGGCGCAUGCUAAGCUCGAUGAGUACAAGCAUAAGCUAGAAGAUGCCACUACCAAAUACUCAAAAUACACCACUGAAAACAUCAACGAGCUUUCCGAUCAAUUGGAAGAACAAGACCGCAACCUGCGCAAGAAGGGAUUCUUCAAGUGGCUCACUGGUGAUAACUCUCAAAAGAAAUCCUACGAUGUUGAUGAAGUUGCAUCGCACAGUGUCUUAGGAUGGGGUGAAACCGCUGAAGCAUUGGCCAAGGAACAACUUGACGAAUUAGUGAGGAACGAGAAAAUCGGACCUAGUGAAGCCCAACAACGUCUCAACGAGCUAAAGAAGAUCAAACAGGAAGGUUGGUUCACCUACAAGGGCAAGAACGACGAAGAUUUGGCCAAGCGUGCCGCUAAGGCCUUGAAAGGUUGGGGCGAAACCGCAUCCGAUCUAGCCCAAGAAGAGUAUGAGGAAGCUCGCCGCAAGAUGCCUCAAACGUCGCAAAGUGUCUCUGAUGCCGUAGACAUGGCCAAGCACAAGCUAGAUGCCGCCAAAAAGCAACUGGAUGACACCACUUCUUCGUGGUGGUCUCAAGGCAAAGAAAAGAAGGAGGAUUUGCGUGAAAAGGCUCAACAGCAGUACGACCAGGCCGAAAGAGAAUACAAGUCAUCUGUGGAGACACUUUCCGAAUGGUCUGACAAGGCCAAGGGCAGGUUCUGGUCCAACGCCGACUCUGCUUUGGGCGCUACCAAGUCUACCGCCGACACUUUGCAUUCUAAGGCCAAAGAAGGUUUGGACACAGCUCAGAGCUAUGUCCAGGAAAAGAAGGACUGA